AUGUUCUGCCAGAGUUAUUUCAGUGUUUUCGUUUCAUGCAUGCUCCUCGUGAUCAUCCAGCCAGGUGGUGGGUCUGAGAUUAUUGGAGGGAAAGAAGUCGAGCCACACUCGUUGCCUUUCAUGGCCUAUGUGGAAAGCAAAAAAUCUUUCUGUGGAGGGACGUUAAUCCAUCCACAAUGGGUCCUGACUGCUGCCCACUGCAAAGAUAUGAGUAAAGUGACGCUGGGAGCACACUCGAUCAAGAAAAAAGAAAAAGCUUCUAAGCAGGCCCAAAAGGUUGAUAAACGUUUUCCUCAUCCUGACUAUUACCAGGGAUCCAGGGAGAAUGACCUCAUGUUGCUCAAGUUGAAGAAACCAGUAAAGCAAACCAAGACAGUACAAUGGCUCCAGUUAGCCAGAGUUGUCAAGGACCCUCCAGCUGGAAGCAAGUGUCUGGUUGCUGGAUGGGGAAAAACUGAAAACAAGAAAACAUCAGAUGUUCUCCUGUCUGUCAAUGUGACUGUGGUCAGUAGACAGACAUGCAACUCUCGUGAUUAUUACAACCACAACCCAGUUAUCACCAGUGACAUGAUAUGUGCUGGUUCAAAUAGUGAAAAACAGGCUGAUACCUGUCAAGGCGAUUCAGGAGGACCUUUUGUGUGCGAUGGCGUGCUGGUUGGCGUCACUUCUUUUGGAAGAGGUUGUGGUAGCAUUAAAAAACCUGGAGUCUACUCGUUUCUCUCAGAGAAACGGCUCAAGUGGAUCAAAAAAACAAUGCAAUCCUCAGAAAUGUUAUAA